CCCCGGAUGAAACCUCACGAGCCGAGAUUACUGAACUUAAAAAGGAGAAGGCUGAAUUCUUGGCUAAAGAAGUGGGACUUAUGGCUAGAAUUGUGGAAUUAGAACAAUCCGCAAAAGAAAGUGCAGAGAACACGAAAUUAAGAGAUGUCGAAAUCGACGAGCUUAGAUCCAGAGUUUCGAAAUUAGAACAGAAGGAUUCGCAGAAUGACUCACAAAACUUACAAACCGAGAAUGCUUCUGCAUCUAAUACAUCUGAUAUUACUUCAAAUUCUAGCCACUUUGUGACUGCCUCCGGCAAAAAUACUCCCUCAUCCGAUAUAACUAAUAACACUUCAGCACGAAUGUGCCGGCUCACGCCAAAUUCUGAUAUAUACCAGGAAAAAGAUAGUCGAUGCCCUGAAUCUCCUAUCCACACAGAACCUAAAUCUCCGGAGGAUAAAAUGGACCUAUCAUGCGGUAAUACAGAAACCAUUCCCUCAAAAAACGACCAAGCUGGAAAUUUAUGUGAUAUGAAAACCGUUCCCUCAGGGAACGAUCGAGAUGAAAAUUUAUCAUGUGGUACAGAGACUAUUAGUUCGGAAAACGAUCAAACUGAAAUAUCGGUUGAGUGUGAUAAAAAUGAAAUCGUAGAGCAGGAUAAUACCAACUCUACUGAAAUUAAUUCAUCGGAGAAUAGAGGUGAAUUGGAAAUUCGAAGCUCUGCUUCUUCAGCACAACAUCUAUCUUAUUUAUUUAAAACGGCAAUUAGAUCUCGACAACAGGAAAUCUUAAUCUGGUAUUAUUAUUCUCUUGAAUUCGAAAACAAGGUUGAGAUAUGUGAAGAGAUUGAUCAAGAUUCUGAUCCAUCAGAAGUCAAGAUACAGGUAAGUGCGCCCGAUGACUCGCGGAGUGGGGAUGCUAUCGCACCUGAAGAUUCCAACUAUGAUGUUGGUGAUGAUUCCUUCAAUAACAACGAAGGUGAUGACAACGAUGAUGGAGGGUAUUGCGGUUUAUCUGAUGAUGAUGAAGGUUAUUAUUACAAUUUAAAUACCGGCGAAACUUAUAGAAAAUCGGAUUGUUUAAUCAGCGCAUAUUAA